AUGGCGGGAAAAUACAGUUUCUGCUGCUUAUUUAUUUUUUGUUUUUUAAACGACGGGCGGCCCAUUGAAAACUUUGUCUUGGCAAUCCUUUCGAGAGAUUGAAUCGAAAACUAAAAGGUUGAAACAGAAGCAAUUUUCAAGAAGAAGAAAUACGAGUAUCUGAACUGAACCAUAUCUUAAGGGAAAAAUGGGUUUGCUUGAAUUGUCUAAAUUCAAGCUCCAGCUCCGAACGCUAAUCACCGAAGUUGAAGAGCUCAGAGAAAGGGAACGCUCGGCCACCGAACAACUUCAUCUUCAAAUUCAGAAGCAAAAGCAAAAUGAGGAAGAGCAUAGCAGAAAGUUCCAGGAAUUGCAAACGGAGUUAGCUUUGUCCAAGGAACUGCGGCAGAAACUCGAGAGGAAGGUGAACUGCCUUCAAGACGACAAUGCUUUACUCGAGCACAAGCAAAAAGAACUGAAGGAAACAAUACAAAGCCUACUUCAAUCACGGGAAAGUUUUGUGAAUGCUUAUGAGGAAUCUACUUGUGAAAUGAAACGUUCAAUUGAAACCAGAGAUAGAAAGCUCACUGUCCUAUCUGAGAAGAUAAAAUCUCAUUUAUUAUUAUUUGAUUCAAUAGUAAAGGAGGCAUUUUGUAUCAAGCAAGUUGUCAAUGAUGUGCAAUGCCUUGUGAGUGAAAAAGAGGAAGUAGUUGCCGGCUUAAAGAGCAAAAUGGAUAAAGUCCCUGUAUUUGAAAAAGUUUUUGUUGAGAAGAUCUCUAACCUUGAACAUAAACUGAAAAAUGAUGAGGACGAGUUACAAAGAAAGGAUAGAAUCAUUUUAGAGCUAGAAGCCCAUCUGGAGGCAGCAAGAAGUCGCAACAACUACCAAAAUGAAAUAGAAGAGCUCCAGAAAACCCUAUCAGCAAAGGAUGCGGUCAUACAGAAUUUUAUUUCUGAGAAAGAGGAAUUGCAUAGUGAAGUGGGGUGUUUAAGCAUUAUCUUACAGAAGAUUCAGGAUAUCGUUACAAAUAUGAAUGAAGAGGAUAAAAGGGUAUUUUCAUCGAUACUGGAAUGCCAAGAAGGAUGUGAUAUCAUUAUGGGAAAGGAAGUUAAUGGGACUGAAGACGGGCCUCAAAGUAAUAUAGAAAAAUAUCCAAAUAAGGCAUCUGAGACUGGCUGUACAGAAAAUGCAGGUUUAUUCUGCCUUCUCCUUCUUGUUCUUAUUUCUGUAGGGCUUCUGUAUUAUAUUCAUACCAGUUGUUUAGUCAUAGAUUUUGAAAUAUAUGGCAUUUGUGCAACUUGAAGAGAAUCAUCAUAUGAGAAAGAUAGCCUAUGCUUGUUGAUACCGUAGUAGGAAAUAAUUCACUGUAACCCAUGGCGAUCUAGGAGCACUAGGUGUUGGUCAGGGUGAUUCUCUCUUUCACGUGUCCCUUUCUACAUUAAUCUGUUGUGCAAUUUGGUGGGUUUUGAAACUUGUUCUGCAAAUGGAGCAGCACCCAUAUGCAAUAGUACCAACAUCAAAAGCCACUUCAAGACCCAUAGAAAUUGGUCCUAUAAGUGAAAUGAUUAGUCAGUUUAAAUGAAGAACUCUUAUUCAAGUGCAAUGCAAAGAAAAAAAUUAUAUACCUUUCCAUGGGAUAUGAUGUGGCUAUAUACAUCAUAGUAAUUGAGGGUACUUCACGAAAAUGCCAUUGGAAAUUCAUGCACACAUGCAUUCCCUCUCUUUUUUAUGUAUCUGUGUAGAAUGCCUUGUAUUUCCAAAUAUUUUGAUGCAGCUUCACUUCUAUGUGAGGAGUACAAAAAAGUUGCUGGCACCUUAGGGGAGGACAAUAACAAUGACUCCUGUGUGUCAGAGGCAAGUUGACAGUUUUUACUAAGCUGCAAAUUCAGAAUUUCAUUGUUUGGUUAUGUGUUAAAAGACAUGUCUGGCUCUUUUUUCUAAUGGUUCAAUGACACUUUGCCUGUUAUCUUCCGCAGUCAGGUUACUCAGAGUCUCAAGCAGCAGCCAAUGUUCCAAGCAUCUCUGCCAAUGAUGGUCAGGAUCACUGCACAAGGUCAGUACACCACUUGGAUUCUGAGUGCUCAACAACACAAGCAGAGCCUCAGAAGAUCCAGGAGUGUGAUAAUGUACUAGGGUAAUGGCCUUUACGAGUAUGGUGAUGAUGUAAGGAUAAUUUCACUUGGCACAAUGAUCUCCAAAAGUUUGCUUGAUUCUUUUCUUUUUUAUCAAAUUCAUUGGGAUUGUGAAUAGGAGCCUUCUGUUUACUAAAUCUUCAGUCCAAUGAGAGAUUCUGAUGAAUAGAAAUUUUUUCUAAUUGCUAGAGUUGUAUAUGAAUAGAAAAAUCUAUUUCACCAAUAUUUUAUUUCAUUCAUAUAA